GCCGACGUGGAGCGGGGCAGGGUCCCGCGCCCGCAGACACGAGCCAGCCCACUGCCGCGGGUGGACGCGGGAGCGGCGCCGCGCCCGCCAGCGCCCCCGCCGGGAUGCGGCCGGUCUCUUAGGAGGAGGCGUUGGUGGCAGAUAAGAACUAAGAGAACAAAAAAGGAAGCAUUCACAUUUUAAGAUUCUAAGAAGAGGUACCAAUAUUUAAUAUGGAAUCAAAAGCUAGUGAGUCAAAUAAUGAAGAUCAUUUAUCAAGUAGUGGCCUCACAUCCAAUGGAGGUUCUUCAAGUCCAUUUUUUAUGUCAUCUAUCCGUGGCACAAUAAUUGAAAACACAUCAGCUGGGACAUUGACACAAAUUCCUUCUUUUCCUAAAUAUGAAGUGGAACUUGAUUCACAUAGAAAAGUCACCCCUUACCCUGGUAAAGAACACAUUGAACGUGUUUUGGAAGAAUAUUCACAUCAAGUCAAAGAUUUGCAGAGAAGAUUAAAUGAAAGCAAUGAAUUGCAUGAGAAGCAAAAGUUUUACUUAAGGCAAUCAGUUGUUGAUUUGCAAACAAAACUUCAAGAAAUGCAAAUGGAAAGAGAUGCCAUGGCUGACAUCAGACGUAGGGAGAGUCAGUCCCAGGAAGAUUUAAGAAAUCAACUUCAAACUACAGUCCAUGAACUUGAAGCUGCCAAAUGCCUUAAGGAGGACAUGCUAAAAGAUAGCAACACACAGAUUGAGCAGCUAAGAAAGAUGAUGCUUAGUCAUGAGGGAGUUCUCCAAGAAAUACGAUCAGUCCUAGUUGACUUUGAAGAAGCCUCAGGCAAGAAAGUAUAUGAACAUGACAACAUGUCUACUAUCCACUUCCGCAACAUGAGCUCAGCUAUUAGUAAAAUCCUAAGAGAAUUAGACACAGAGAUUUCUUAUCUUAAAGGGAGAAUAUUUCCAGUAGAGGAUCAGCUUGAAACACUGAAAUCUGAAUCACAGAACAAAAUAGAAUUACUUCUUCAACAACAUCAAGAUAGGAUUGAGCAGUUAAUAAAUGAACAUGACAUUGAAGUAACAGGACUUACAGAGAAAGCUAGCAGUGCUCGAAGCCAAGCCAAUAGUAUCCAAAGUCAGCUGGAAAUCAUUCAAGAACAAGCAAGAAACCAGAAUUCUAUGUACAUGCGUCAACUCAGUGACCUAGAAUCUACUGUUUCUCAGCUGCGUUCUGAAUUAAGAGAAGCCAAAAGAAUGUACGAAGACAAAAUUGAAGAGCUGGAGAAGCAAUUAGUCCUUGCCAACUCAGAGUUAACUGAAGCACGGACAGAACGUGAUCAGUUUAGUCAGGAAUCUGGAAAUUUGGAUGAUCAACUUCAAAAAUUGUUGGCUGAUCUCCAUAAGAGAGAGAAGGAGCUGAGUCUGGAAAAGGAGCAGAAUAAGCGUCUGUGGGACCGGGACACUGGAAACAGCAUCACCAUUGACCACCUUCGGCGGGAGCUGGACGACAGGAACAUGGAGGUGCAGCGCCUAGAAGCUCUCCUCAAGGCCAUGAAGAGCGAGUGUCAGGGCCAGAUGGAACGGCAGAUGGCAGCAAUUCAAGGAAAGAAUGAAAGUCUAGAAAAAGUAUCCUCCUUGACAGCUCAGCUUGAAUCCACCAAAGAGAUGCUCCGCAAAGUAGUAGAAGAGCUGACAGCCAAGAAGCUGACCCUGGAGAGUUCAGAGAGGACUGUGUCAGACCUGACAGCUUCCCUCCAGGAAAAAGAGCGUGCCAUCGAGGCUACCAAUGCAGAGAUCACAAGGCUUCGUUCGCGAGUAGACCUGAAAUUGCAGGAACUGCAGCACUUGAAAAAUGAAGGGGACCACCUCAGAAAUAUGCAGUCAGAAUGCGAGGCCCUCAAACUACAGAUGGCAGAAAAGGACAAAGUGAUCGAGAUUUUGAGACAGCAGAUUGAAAACAUGACCCAGCUGGUUGGCCAACAUGGACGAACUGCUGGUGCUAUGCAAGUCGAGAAAGCUCAGCUUGAGAAAGAGAUCAAUGACAGGAAACUGGAACUUCAAGAAUUUAAGAUUUUAAAAGAUAAAAAGGAUGCAAAAAUACGGGAGCUUGAGGCCAGAGUGAGUGACUUAGAACUGGAAAAGGUGAAGCUGGUGAAUGCAGGCUCUGAGCGGCUUCGUGCGGUGAAGGACAUCAAACAAGAGAGAGAUCAGUUGUUAAGUGAGGUGAAAACUAGUAGGAAUGAAUUAAACAAUCUUACAGAAGACUAUGAAGUCUUAAAAAGAAAUUUCCGAAAUAAAACUGAAGAAAUGGAAACUACUACAAAUAAACUAAAAAUGCAAUUAAAAUCAGCACAAUCUGAACUAGAACAGACAAGAAAUACAUUGAAAUCAAUGGAGGGAUCUGAUGGUCAUGCUAUGAAAGUGGCAAUGGGGAUGCAAAAGCAAAUCACAGCUAAAAGAGGUCAGAUAGAUGCCCUUCAGAGCAAGAUACAAUUUUUGGAAGAGGCCAUGACAAAUUCAAAUAAAGAAAAACAUUUCCUAAAAGAAGAGAAGAAUAAAUUAAGCCAGGAAUUAAAUAGUAUUGCAACAGAAAAAAACAAAAUGGCCGGAGAACUAGAAGUCUUGAGAUCCCAGGAACGCCGUUUAAAGGAAAAGGUUGUUAAUAUGGAGGUUGCUCUUGAUAAGGCAUCUUUGCAGUUUGCAGAAUGUCAGGAUAUAAUACAGCGUCAGGAACAAGAAUCUGUACGCCUAAAGCUUCAACAUACUUUGGAUGUAAAAGAACUUCAAGGUCCUGGAUAUACCUCAAAUCCUUCUGUGAAGCCUCGCCUGCCUCAGUCAUCAGCAGCCCGGUCUCAUUCUAAUGUCCCCUCCUCCCAGUCUACUGCCAGCUUCCUGUCUCAUCACUCUAUGAAACCUACUACAUUAAAGGAAGAUCCAACAAGAGACCUGAAACAGCUUCUCCAAGAGUUGAGAAGUGUCAUCAAUGAGGAUCCCCCUGUGCCUCUGGGAAAGACUGAGGAAGAUGCGAGAACAACAACACUGGGAGUCUCUUAUGGGGCUGUAGAUGAUAGAGUAAGAGAUUGCAUUACCGAACCAACUCUGAGAGUAGAGAUAUGUCAUAGAAGCAACUCACUAAGGGAGUCCACUGAAGGCAGCAAGUCAAGUGAAACUCUUAGCAGAGAACCAGUCACAUUACAUGCAGGAGACCUGGAUGAUUCACCUAGUUGCUUCGCAUUUCCAUCUAUAGCAAGUCCAUCAGUGAAAACUUCAGUAUCUCGUACAUUCCAUUCUCCUCCAAAGAAGUCUUCAGUUCACUCACUACUAACUAGCUCAGUUGAAGACUCUAUAGGUUCCACAUCCCAAUAUAGAUCUACCAAACCUAAUCUUUCACCUGAUUCUGUUAAAGCUUCACAGUCUCAGCCAUUAGAAACAACCGGGAAAACGUGCAGGAAGCUUCAGAACAGACUGGAAAGCUUACAAACCCUGGUAGAAGAUUUACAGAUGAAGAACCAAGCAAUGUCUUCAAUGAUCAGAAAUCAAGAAAAAAGGAUACAGAAAGUGAAAGACCAAGAAAAAAUGUUACUAAAAUAAUACGUUGCUUGCCUGUUCUUUACAGAGGGAAAAUGCCAAAUUAAUUGUGGUGUUUCUUAAAAUUAGUGCCCGGUGUACUUUUUUCUUUUUAUGUGAAAAUUUAAUAAAAGAUACCCUGUCCUAUAA